UUUAUAGCUUGGAAAAUUGUGGCCAAACUUUAUAUUUCAAUAACUUUCUAAAAAUAUGAGGAAAUGAAAAGAAAAUUGAAAAAAAAAUUACGAGUCUAAAGAAUGAAUGAAGUUAUUUAUUUGAAAAAAGAAUAAAAUUUGUUAAAUAAAAAAUAAAAACUUCCUUGGGUGCUAGCAGUUGUUAGUGUCAUUGAAUCGGUUUUGAAAUAAAGGGAAUACAAUGGGUGAUAAAAAGUCGAGACAAUCUAAAGCGGACAUUGCUAAGCAGUUCGACUUGCCUGAACGCCAAUCCAAAAUUACAACAUUGCUGAAUCAAGCUGGACAAGCGUACUGCAUUUGUCGAUCUUCGGAUAGUUCGCGAUUUAUGAUAGCAUGUGAUGCAUGCGAGGAAUGGUAUCAUGGUGAUUGUAUCAACAUUUCUGAGAGAGAAUCAAAGUACAUCAAGAAUUACUUCUGUGACCGAUGUAGAGAGGAAGAUCCGACUUUGAAGACAAGGUUCAGACCACAAAAAAGAGAAAACGAGGUUGAUUCUGGUCGUGAUGACCGAAAAAAGCAGCGGAAAGAAAAGGAUCAUUCGGAAAAUAAAUCUUCCAAGAGAACUAUAAUUAAAGAUGGUUGUGGAGAUUGCCCUGGUUGCUUACAAGAUUACGAUUGUGGCCAUUGUGAUGCAUGUGAGGAGAUGUUCAAAUAUGGAAGUGCUAAUAAAAAGUUCAGGUGCAAAUUGAGAGUUUGUGUUAAAAGUAAAAAAUCUUCUAAACCACCCAGCAGUAGCAGAAUAAAGAAGAAACAUCAUGAACGUGAACCGUAUGAGCCAGAAGAAUCGUUGGCGCAUCUACAGACUGCGCAUGCGCGUCAGUGCUACGGGCCGCAGUGCACGCUGCCCGCUCGAUACUCCUCGAAGUACUGCUCCUCACAGUGCGGGAUAAGGCUCGCCACUUCCCGGAUAUACCAAGUGCUCCCACAACGAAUACAAGAGUGGUCGUUGUCGAGCUGCGUUGCCGAACAGAAGAACCGCAAGGCACUAGAAGUGGUACGCAGCGGGAUCGCUAAAGCGCAGGCCGCGCUGCGGAGUCUCGAUAAACAGCACACAGAUCUGGACGCACUGCUCGCCAAAGCUAAAAACGCUACAAUUCUUCAUACAGAUGAUAAGGACGCCGACGAUGAAACCUCAAUGUACUGCAUAACGUGCGGCCACGAGAUCCACUCGAGGACAGCCGUCAAACACAUGGAGAAAUGUUUUAUAAAAUACGAAGCGCAAGCGUCUUUCGGCAGUCGCCAUAGGACGCGCAUAGACGGACAAAGCAUGUUCUGCGAUUAUUACAAUCCUAUCAAUGCAACAUAUUGUAAGAGAUUGAGGGUGAUGUGUCCAGAACAUUUUAAAGAUUCCAAAGUGAGCGACAGCGAUGUCUGCGGGUGUCCGCUGGUCCGCAACGUGUUCGAUCCGUCGGGCGAGUUCUGCCGGGCGCCCAAGAAGUCGUGCUUGCGUCACUACCAGUGGGAGAAGCUGCGUCGAGCCGAGAUAGACAUGGAGAGGGUCCGGCAAUGGUUGAAACUCGAUGAACUUGUGGAACAGGAGCGUAGUAUUAGAUUGGCUAUGGCUUCAAGAGCGGGCGUACUCGGUCUAAUGCUACAUUCUACUUACAACCACGAAGUCAUGGAGCGAAUCACAAAUAAGGUUAACGAAAACGGGCUACACAAAGAAGGAUCCUGACAGUCUCCGGGGGAGGGACGCAGUUGAUAGAAAUUGUAAAUUAAGAUGUAAAUAAAAUCAUUGCUUAAAUGUU